AGUAUUUACAACACUUAGAGACCAGGUCUCCCAGCACAUUGCUUCCACCAGCUUAAUGUCUUUUAAAUCUCUUUGCCUUCAGAUUGAAGGAGAGUUCCAAGUGACCAUGGAGCUUGAAGAAGUCAGCCGGUGCGUACACAUGGCCCUUUGGAAACACGCAGUGUUUGGACCCGUAUGCAUUGUGACAGAAUUUGCAAAUCUUUCGGCUAUGAAAUAUUUUUACAGCAUUCCACUUUUGAUCCUAAAAACCUUAUUUGUAUGGGCUAGUAUAUAUUGUUUUGUUGCUCCUAUAAUGUGGUGCUAUGAUGGAAUGUGCUUUUGCUGUUUCCCAUUUGAAAUACUACACCCAGAAAAAGGCAUAAGGGAAAUAAGAGAGAGAAUGGCAACCGAGGAAGAGGAGAUAAUAUCUCCAGAAUCUCCCAAGUGGCUCAUCAGAUUACAACAACAAAAAAACAAACUUCUCCUUGAUUUAAAGUAUGUAGUUAUGAAAUGAUUUAAAUUAUGAUGGUUUAUGUGUUUCUAUAAGUUGUUAGUUGGAAAUAAAAGAAAUUGUUACAUAUAUAGUAGCAAUGUACAUUGACACUUAAGAUACUAAAUAAGUACUGUAUACGUUUAAUUACGACGAAAAUAUUAUUAAAUACAAAUAUUUUGAAUUCUGAGUACGA